AAACUUUUUUUUGGUCAUGAACUAAUAAAAAUUUUGGUCAUGAACUUUUAAAUUUGAGAAUUGAUUUUAAAUUAAUUUAGUCAAAUACAUGUCAAACUUGAGCGAAGUACUUAGUACGAUAGCGGAGAAAGUGCCGGAAAAAUAACAGCUCCCACAUAUACACAAGGGGCGGGAAUGGUGGCAAUUGUGAGAAAAUGAGCUCACAGCGGCAUUUCAUCAAACACUUGAUACGCAGCACAAAAAACCACCCUAUAAUCUCAUUACAGCUCAAAAUAUGCUUCCCAUUCUCUUCAUCCACAACGCCAAUUCAUACACCAAUCCUAAUUGAUCGAAAGAAAAGCCUUUACGCCUCAUUUUUCUGCACACUUGUUCAUUUAUUCCUUCGCUGCCACCGUCUUUCCAGAGCCACUGAAACAUUCUCUUCAAUGAGAAAUUACAAUCUUGUCCCUGACCUUGUUUCCUGGAACCGCUUAUUGCAUCAUUUCAAUUCUUCAGGUCUGGUUGAUCAGGUAAUUGUACUUUAUUCUGAUAUGCUCUCUUGUGGAGUGGUUCCUAAUGUAGUUACUCGUAAUAUAGUCGUGCAUUCGCUUUGUAAAGUUGGAAAAAUUGAAGAAGCACUUGAAUUAGUUAGAGAGAAUGAAUGUGAUACUGUUACUUAUAACACUUUGAUAUGGGGUUUUUGUAGAAUUGGGUUUGUGGAAAUGGGGUUGGGAUUGCUGUCUCAUAUGUUGAAGAAGGGUGUUUUUGUUGAUGCUAUUACUUGUAAUAUAUUAAUUAAGGGGUUUUGUGAUAAGGGUCUUUUGUAUAAUGCUGAAUUGGUGAUGGAAAUGUUGAGUGGUAAAGAUGUUAUCGGUUUUAACACUCUGAUUAAUGGAUAUUGUAAGGCUGUUGAGAUGAGUGGUGGUCUUGAAAUGAUGGAGAGGAUGAAAAGAGAAGGUUUAUUACCUGAUAUUGUUACGUAUAAUACUUUGAUUAAUGGUUUCGGCAUAAUGGGUGAUUUUGAUGCUGCAAAAUGUAUUAUGGAUGAGCUUACGGACUCUUAUGAUGGUGAAAAUAAGGGCCUGGUAGUUGGAGACUUGGGUUUAGAACCAAAUGCUAUUACAUACACCACAUUGAUUAGUAAAUAUGUUAAGUGGUUUCAGUUUGAGAAAGCAUUUGAUACAUAUGAAGAAAUGACGAGGCGUGGCUUCGUCCAUGACAUUGUUACUUAUAAUUCACUUAUAUAUGGUCUUUGUAAAUGUGGGCGCUUUUAUGAGGCCAAAUUACUUCUUGAUGAGAUGAGAAGAGUGGGUGUGGAUCCUAAUCAUGUGACAUACUCUAUUUUUAUUCAUCACUUGUACAAAAGUAGGGCUGAAAAAGUUGCUGCUAACUUUCAAAGCCAAAUAGUGGUUAGAGGAGUGUCUUUCGAUGUUGUCUUGUUUACCUCUUUGAUGGAUGGGCUUUUUAAAGUUGGAAAGGCCAGGGAAGCAAAGGACAUGUUUCAGACACUCUUGAAGUUUAACAUAACUCCAAAUCAUAUUACCUAUACUGCAUUGGUUGAUGGGCACUGCAAAUCUGGUGACUUAAACAGUGUAGAGCUUUUACUGCAACAAAUGGAACAGAAAGGUAUUUUACCAAAUGUUGUCACAUUCUCUUCUGUAAUUAAUGGUUAUGCCAAAAGUGGAAUGAUUGAUGCAGCCAUGGAAAUAAUGAGGAAAAUGGUAAGCAUAAAUGUUAGCCCUAAUGUUUUCACAUAUAAUACUUUGAUUGAUGGCUGCUUUAAGGCUGGUAAACAUGAUAUGGCUCUUGCCCUGUAUGAGGAAAUGCGGUUGAAGGGUGUUGGGGAAAAUGAAUUCUUGUUAGAUACAUUUGUGAAUAAUUUGAAAAAAUUGGGUAAAAUGGAUGAAGCAGAGGCAUUUUUUGUGGAUAUGGUAUCUAAGGGUCUGUCACCUGAUCAUAUUAACUACACAUCAUUGAUGGAUGGACUCUUUAAAAGAGGGAAGGAUUCAACUGCUCUUCAAUUGGUCGAAGAGAUGAAAGAGAAACAAAUAUGCUUUGACACAAUAGCGUGCAAUGUACUGCUUAAUGGAUUAUUGGGAAUUGGCCAGUAUGAGGUACAGUCUGUUUAUGCUGAAAUUAAGAAAUUUGGUCUAGUUCCAGAUAUUCAAACUUUCAAUUCUUUAAUUAGUGCUUAUUGCAAAGAGGGAAAGUUGGAAAGUGCUGUCAAACUUUGGGGCGAAAUGAAGAGCUGUGGGAUAUUGCCUAAUUCAAUCACUUGUAAUAUACUGGUGAAAGGACUUUGUGAAGUAGGUGAUAUUGUAAAAGCAAUGGAUUUGUUGACGGAAGUGGUGGCAAUUGGUUUUCACCCUUCACCAGAUAUUCACAAAAUUGUUCUCGAUGCUGCUUCAGGCCAUAGAAGAGCAGAUAUAAUCCUCAGAAUGCAUGAGCGACUUGUCGGCAUGGGGCUUAAGCUUGACCAGACUGUUCACAACACUCUUAUUGCUGUCUUAUGCAGGCUAGGGAUGACCAGAAAGGCAACGUCAGUACUAGAAAAUAUGAGAGAAAGAGGACUUUCGGCUGAUACUACCACUUAUAAUGCCUUCAUACGUGGAUAUUGCAAAAGUUACCAAUUUCAAAAGGUUUUUACAACAUAUUCCGAGAUGCUGGGUGAAGGAGUUUCUCCUAAUGUUGCAACAUACAACACUAUGUUAGGAUCUCUCUCAGCUGUUGGACUGAUGAAUGAAGCAGCUGAAUUGCUCAAUGAAAUGAAGGGGAGGGGUUUUGUCCCUAAUGCUAAUACGUAUGACAUUUUAGUCUCUGGCCAUGGGAAAAUUGGAAAUAAAAAGGAAUCCAUCAAGUUUUACUGUGAGAUGAUCACAAAAGGUUUUGUUCCUCGCACUAGUACCUAUAAUGUACUCAUCUUUGACUUUGCAAAGGUGGGAAAGAUGAGACAGGCUCAGGAACUAAUGCAUGAGAUGCAAGUCAGAGGGGUAAUACCAAAUUCUUCAACAUAUGACAUACUAAUAGUUGGAUGGUGCAAGCUAUCAAAAAGGGUGGAGCUUGAAAGGUCAUUGAGACUGUCAGGUCGCAGUGAGGUAAAGAAAUUGCUUGAAGAGAUGAAAGAUAAAGGUUUCACUCCAAAAGAAACCACCCUUUGUCAUAUCAAUCCUGCCUUCUCAAAAUCAGGAGAAAAUGACACAGAAUGGUGGUUGAGCAGAUGGCACAAGACGAAGCAGAGUUGAUCCUUGAAAAUUAAAGAGUUUCUCAAGGGUGGAAUUUCUUUGUGUUUUGGAGUUGAAAUUUCAGGUUAAGGUUAAGUGAUGUGGAUGAGAGAAGCGAGCAAAUGAGAAGCAUUUACGCUGGCGUAUUAAUAUGCUUGUGUAAAUGUCAAUUGCUCCUCUUGUAAAAGGAAGAAAAAGACUUGACAUGAUUUUUCUAAAUAUAGAUCCAAGAUGAUGAGCUUGAAGCGAAGUUUCUCGAGGAGAAAGCUGCACUUGAAGCUAAAUACCAGCAACUGUAUGAACCAUUCAAUACAGAGGUACGAAGAAUAAUUUUUUGUUGCUUGUUCCAUGUCUGCUUGUUGGAGUUGAAAUUAGCUCUUUCCUUCCUGAACAGAAAAAAUGGCAUACAGUUUGGCUGUCCUUCCGAUUUAUGAUUUUGUUGAUGUGUUGCACAGAUAUGAAAUAGUAAAUGGGGUUUUCGAAGUGUAGGGUGUUAAUGAAGCUCCCAUGAACGUGGGUGAGGAUAAAAAGACUGAAAAUGCUAAAGUUUUUUAGUGGAUAUUGCCUUUCAUCUGUGCAUAUGGAUUGGUAGGCUUUAAUUUUGUUAUUGGUGUGAAAAAUUGCUGCAGAGAGAGGUGUUUCCAACUUCGUGCUGACUGCAAUGUAGACUAAUGAGAUAUUGGCAGAGGAGCUAAAUAACAAAUCAUGUAAAUAUUUCGUGGUUCUAAGUACCAAAAUUUUAACUACAAAUGACUUUGCUUUAGAUCUUAAAGCGUGACCAAGAAACUUUGAAUUACCUCAAGAUAUCAAGUGGUGCAGGAUUCAUAACCAGAAGUGUUUUAAGCUUCACUUCUUUGAUACAAAACCUUUUCUCAGGAGUUCUGUCUUGAAUAAAACCUAUCACAUGAUUGUGAUGAUGAACAUAUACCGGAGGUCUUAGAACUGACAGAAUGGCAUCCAGGUAAAGGCUUGGCUCAAAAGAUGAUAAAAAGGAAGCCAAAGAAGGGGUCAAAAAAAUGCUAAACCCUUAAUCAGGACUGAUACCUGCAAAAGCUUUUUCUGUAUCUUUAAUCCGCCAGAAGUAUGUGAAGAUGAUGACGACAAUGAUGAAGAUGUUGCAGGCUGACGACCUCCAGAUCUAAUGGGAGAAAAUCACGGCAUUCGGUCAGUUGCUGGUUUCUUCUUAGCUUUGGAUUUCGUUUUGAGUUGAUGUCCAUAUUUCAUUCUAUCCAGUCAACAACUUCUACGUGUUCUAUGAGAUAUAUGGUGCCAUUGUUAGGAAGUGAAGUUAGAUUGAAGUAGUAAAUUUGAUGUUCCAAUUUGGGGCUCCAAUUUAGCAACUCGACAAUUUGGGACAAAGUACAUCCCCUGUGCUGUGUCAUGGUUUAUAGAGGCUCUUGGAAGGGAUGAAUUUGAAGAUAUUGAAGAAGAUGAGGAUGAAGAUGAAUAAGAGAAGAGCAAGAAGAAUGUACGAUUAGUUUGGCAUGUUUCCGCAAAUGAUUCAAAUUUUUGCUCUUAUUAUUUGGAGAUGCUGAAAGUUAUUUUAGUCGGUCUGUAUGAUUUUUUUUUUCAAUUGUCCUUUUAGUCAUCAGCACCAAAUAUGAGAUGAAUGGCUUUUGUAGCAUUUUUCGUAGGUGAAGUCGUAAA